AUCUUUGCUAAUCUUGAGAAGGCAUUUAAAUCUGGUGAAUAAGCCGCUUCUUCUCCCCCCUUGCUCCCCCAGCCUGUCUGUACAGUGAAAAGGGAAACAAACAGAAGCAAAGUUCACAGCCUUGUGAUUAUUCCUUUCAACGAGAGCAAAGUGGCAACGUGUUCUGAGCCAGCUCUGAAGUAAACCCUCCUGUCCUGCCAUUUCCCAUGAACAGUGACUGAGGACCUUAAGAGAAAAGCUGCUUUUAGACUGAUUAUCACUUGCUCUUAGCUAAAGCAUGGAAAUCUCUACUCUUGCAAUGUACCAUUGCCUUGCUUUUGUCUGGUAUUCUUUCAUUGCCUAUUCAAUCACAAACAUAAGAACAGAAGAGCGGCCAUCUGAAGUGUUCUUUUAUGGUGGGCAGUGGAAAUAUUUGACAGUCCUCAAUCUGGUUUUGCAGGCUGUCUUCUAUGGGGUGUCCUUGCUGGCUGAUAUGUUGAGACUAAUUAAGAAACUGCGAUGUGCUAAGUGUGUAAUUUCCAGCAGAGACCUUCUUUUCAGUGUCCUGGCUUUCCCACUGUCCACAUUUGUGUCUAUAUCCUUUUGGACACUGUAUAGCUACAAUCGAGAGCUGGUUUACCCCAAAAGCCUUGAUGGAGUCAUCCCACUCUGGUUAAAUCACGCUAUGCACACAGCUAUAUUGCCAUUUGCUGUCCUGGAACUCCUUGCCUUGCCCCACCGUUACCCAGCAAAGAAGAAGGGAUUGAUCCUAUUGGGAUUUGUCAGCUUUCUGUAUAUCAGCUGGGUCCUGUGGAUUUAUUCUGUAACAGGAGAGUGGGUAUAUCCGCUCUUUGCUUUGUUCAGCCCAGCCGGGCUCGCAGCCUUCUUUGCCGUUAGCGUUGCCAUCAUCAUCUCUUUCUACAACUUCGGGGAGUUCCUCAACAGCAUUAUAUGGGGAGAUUCAAUAGUAAUACUGGACUACAGGCAGAAAGGCAAGUGAAUCCUCCUCUUAGAGCCAAACAAUCUCUCCAUGAACACUGAAGCCAUGAAGUAGAGGAAAAUAAAUGCAGCUGUGAUAAAU